GCGGAUGUUCAUACUUCCUUGAGGCGAAAUGAUUAAGGUGCCUUACAGACUGUCAGCCCCUUUCAUCGGAGCUACGCUCGGUAUCGACAGACACCACAUUCGACGUAAUAUGAUGUUUGUACCUGCACUGUGUGACAGCUGCCGAAACUAUCUCUGGAUACGCGUGGAAUUUUCAUGCUUACUUUAACACGCUGAACGUUUUGCAUAAUACGGGAAGCAGUGCAGAAAUAUAUGAACUUAGUUUUGUAACUGGGGAAGCACGAUGUUUUGAAAUGACCACAACUAGCAGCGGAUUGUUCUUGUUAUGGGUGAGAACAAUAUUCCAGCGCGUCUCCUAGAGGAUCAUAUAUGUUUUAUGUGGCCCUGCUAUGAAAAUAUUUACUUUAACACCAAUCGCAGUUAAGGAUUCCGGUAUAGUUGUUGACUUUUUCUGACUACAUAAUUUGGUGGAGUUUUAAAAACAAAAAAGAAAAAAAAAAAAAAGAAAACUAAAUUAAGCCGCAGGCCGCAAUAUGGUUAUAUUAAUUCCUGGAAAUACAACGGGUUAAAAUUCAGAACUCGUAUGCUUGCCUCGGUUUUAUUUAACAAGCUAUGGAAGGGUGUUGGCAAUGGUGCCACCGAACAUGCAUUUGCUUCCUAUCUGAAGAAGAGAGGAAGGAGAUCGCCUUGGACAGAGAAAUCGAAAGGAUCUUAAAUCUUCAGAAGAAAAAAGAACGCAGGGAAAUCAAAGUACUGUUACUUGGUACUGGGGAGAGUGGCAAGACCACCUUCAUCAAGCAGAUGAGGAUUAUCCAUGGCCAGGGGUUCUCGGAGGAGGAGCGGCGAGACUUUGCCAAACUGGUCUUCCACAACGUCUUUACUGCUGCCAGGGCCAUGAUACAGGCUAUGAGCACGCUGAGGAUUCCCUAUGGCUGCACUGAGAAUGAGCUGUACGCCCAGUGGUUACUGGACGUGAAUCCGCUGCAGGUGACCAAGCUGGACAGGAGUUACGUCGAUGCUAUCCGUCGCCUUUGGGCUGACCCCGGUAUCAAGAUGUGCUACACCCGUCGCAGGGAGUACCAGCUCCUGGACUCGACUGAAUACUUCAUGACAAACUUGGAGCGCUUGGCCACCCCCGACUACAUUCCCACCGCUCAGGAUGUGCUCCGAGUCCGCGUUCCCACCACCGGAAUCAAUGACUACUCCUUCACACUCGAGAAGAUCUCCCUCAGGAUCGUGGAUGUGGGGGGUCAGAAAUCGGAACGCAGGAAGUGGAUCCACUGCUUCGAGAACGUCACCUCGCUCAUCUUCCUGGCCUCUCUCAGUGAGUACGACCAGGUCUUGGAAGAGAAGGAGACAGAUAACCGGAUGGAGGAGAGUAAAUCGCUCUUCUACACCACCAUCCACUCACCCUGGUUUAUCCGAUCCUCCAUCAUCCUCUUCCUCAACAAAAAGGACAUAAUGGCCGAGAAGAUCCAGACCUCCGACCUGCAGACGUACUUCCCCAGCUUCACCGGCAAGAGACGUGACGCCGAGGCGGCCAUGCAGCACAUUCGGCUGAUGUACCUGCAACAGACGGUGAAGAAGGACAAGAGGAAGGACGAGAAGGACAAAUCCAUCUACGUGCACUACACCUGUGCCACUGACACCCAGAACAUCCGCGUCGUCUUCGGCGACAUCAAGGACACCGUGCUCAUCCGCUCGCUGGAGGAGUACUACUUGAUUUGACCUCUGACCUGUUUGCGUCACGUCGCCGCUGAGGUGCCUAAGAAACCAUAACGUAGAGCUUGAUGCUGGAUCAUCACCCCCACCAGUAGUGGAUUCGCUUCUCGGCGGGGGGCGGGGGGCGCCCUAGGCUGACAUCAGCUUGGACAUUAACGCAUUGUCGUUACAUUUUUCCUGACCCUGCGUGGGGCUCUGAUGUUUGCCAGUGGCCUAGACUAUAGCCCAGCAUAGUACGUAUAUUAAUCUUCUCCUGUCCGCCACCUUCAGGUGAAAUCGUGGUGUAUAAAUUUUUUCACACCAGAAUCUUAAGGAGAGGCCGCCCUGGGGCAGCCGAGGAAGCACCAGGAAAGAAGUUGCAACAUGAAAUAUAUUUAUUCGACUCAUGGCAAUUUACUGGAAUCGACACUAAACAUCCCACGGGAAAUGUGGAACUUCUUGUUAUUGCUGAGUGCUGGACUCUGCUGUACUAAUAAAAAAAACAGGUUAUAGCUGA